CCGGGAAGAUGGCGGCCCUUGUGUCGCCCUUGGCUACUGCGCGCUGCCUGCUGCGGGCUCUGGGCUGCCGCGGCCGCCUGCUCCCGCCGCACAGAGCCUACACAGCUCAGGCAGAUGAGAAGACAGGCCCUGCUUCUCCUACAGAUGUUCAUGCCAGAGCCUUACAGGUUUGCAAUGGACCUUUAGAACAUUAUGACUUUUUGAUUAAGCAUCAAGAGCUGAAGAAUGACGAGCAACAAAGAAGAGUUGUGGAGCGCCUGCAGAAAUUGCAUGAGAGCCUUAAAGGCUACAGCAUUGAUUCGAAAAAUAUUUUUUCUCAGCUCUUUGCUAAAACCAACCCCCCAAAAGGUCUUUAUGUCUAUGGAGAUGUUGGCACAGGAAAGACAAUGGUGAUGGACAUGUUCUAUUCUCACUUAGAAGUAGAAAAGAAAAGGAGAGUCCAUUUUCAUGGCUUCAUGUUGGAUGUACACCAGAGAAUACAUCGCCUUAAGCAGAAUUUACCAGAGAGAAAAGCUGGAUUUAUGGCCAAAUCAUAUGACCCAAUUGCACCUGUGGCAGAGGAAAUAAGCAGAGAGGCUGCUCUCCUGUGUUUUGAUGAGUUUCAGGUCACUGACAUUGCUGAUGCCAUGAUUCUGAAGCAGCUUUUUGAAAAUCUCUUCCAAAAUGGGGUUGUCGUUGUGGCAACAUCUAACAGGCCACCAGAAGAUCUCUAUAAAAAUGGUCUUCAGAGGGCUAAUUUUGUACCAUUCAUUGCUGUGCUGAAGAAAUACUGCAGCACAGUCCAGCUUGAUUCUGGAAUAGACUACAGGAAACGAGUGCUUCCAGCUGCUGGAAAACUUUACUACCUCACAAGUGAAGCUGAUGUGGAGGCUGUCAUGGAUAAGUUGUUUGAUGAGCUGGCUCAGAAACAAAAUGAUUUAACUAGACCAAGGAUUCUAAAAGUGCAAGGCAGAGAGCUGGGGCUGAAUAAAGCAUGUGGAACCAUUGCAGACUUCACGUUUGAAGAGCUGUGCGACAGACCUCUUGGAGCCAGCGACUAUUUGGAAAUAUCAAAGCAUUUUGACACAGUGUUUAUUCGUGACAUACCACUCCUUACAGUAGCAAAAAGGACACAAGCUCGUCGUUUCAUUACUCUUAUUGAUACCUUUUAUGAGCAUAAGGUGCGCAUUAUCUGUUCUGCAGCAGCUCCUCUCCAAAGCUUGUUCCAGGUGAAACAGGACAGUGCUGAACUGCAGGAGAACAGAGUGUUGAUGGAUGAUUUGGACUUGAGCCAGGAUUCUGCCAAAGGACUCUCCGUGUUUACAGGAGAAGAGGAAAUCUUUGCCUUUCAGCGUACUCUCUCACGGCUCACAGAAAUGCAAACUGAACAGUACUGGAAUGAUGGGGACAGAAGCAAAAAAACAUAAUUAAAACUUGAAUGAAAUCACCAAGAAGUAAAAUUACAGCAUGAAAUCACCAAGAAGAAAAAUUGAAAAAGCUUCAGAAAAGCACUGGAAAGCUUUUUAGUACAACUUGAAUAAUAAUUGCACUUUAUCUAUCUGGACCAUGUUUUCUUUCAUCAAUAGUUUUUUGAGUUUAAGACAUGAGGUCUCAAUUAUUUGUCUGUACCACCAGUGUGUGGACAUGUGAAAUUCUGCCUUCAUUUAUUCUUCUUCAAACCUGUCUGGAUGUCUGGCUCCAUGUAGUGGUGGUGAAUGGAAUUACCUCCAGCUGGUGGCUGCUCACCAGAGGUGUUCCCCAGGGCUCAGUAUAGGGGCCAGCCCUCUUCAGUAUCUUUAUGCAUGGUAUGGACAAGGGGAUCAAAGUGCACCCUCAGUAGGUUCACAGAUGAUGCCAGGUUGGGUGGGAGUGUUGACCUGCAGGAGGGCAGGAAAGCUCUGCAGAGGGAUCUGGACAGGCUGGAUCAAUGGGCUGAGGCCAGUUGUAUGAGGUUCUGCACAGGCCAAGUGCCAGGUCCUGCCCUUGGUUCACAACAGCCCUGGGAGCACCACAGGCUGGGCAGAGGGGCUGGAAAGUUGCCCAGGGGAAAAGGACCUGGGGUUGCUGGUCAACAGAACACGAACCAGCUGUGCCCAGGUGGCCAAGAAUGCCAAUGGAAUCUCAGCCUGUAUCAGCAGCAGUGUGGCCAGCAGUACCAGGGCAGGGAUUGUCCCCCUGUACUUAGCACUGGUGAGGCCUCACCUUGAGCGCUGUGUCCAGGCUGGGCCCCUCACUAUACAAAGGACAUUGAGGGGCUGGAGUGAGUCCAGAGAAGGGCAGUGAAGCUGGUGAAGGGUCUGGAGCAUCAGUCCUGUGGGGAGCAGCUGAGGGAGCUGAGGGUGUUUAGCCUGGAGAAAAGGAGGCUCAGGGAGGCCUUACUGCUCUCUACAGCCACCUGAAAGGAGGGUGUAAUGAGGUGAGGGUUGGACUCUUCUCCCAGGCAAUCAGUGACAGGAUGAGAGGACCUAGCCUCAAGCUGCUGCAGGGGAGAUUCAGGUUGGACAUGAUGAAGAAUUUCUUCACUGAAAGUGUUGUCUAGUAUUGGAACAGGCUGCCCAGGGAGGUGGUGGAGUCACCAUCCCUGGAAGUGUUUAAGUAAUUGCUGGACAUGGCACUUAGUGCUGUGGUUUAUUUGAUAGGGUGAGGUUUGGACAAAAGUUGGACUCAAUGAUCAUGGAGUGUUUUCCCAACCUUAAUGUUUCUCUAAAAUAUACCUUUGAUGUUGAAGAAGUUUGAUGGGAUUAGAAUUUUUCUGAAGAAUUGGUCUACAGACAAAGUUAAUGGGCUAUGCAGAGUCAUUUUAUGAUGUCACAUGAAGUGGGCACUUUGAAUGAUUAUGCACUGCUUCUGUCAUGUAUAAUGCUGCUUCACAAAAGAAAAAUCAAAUGCUUCUUUAAGAAACUCCUGAUAGUGUUCAUGCUAGAAUCGUGGAACUCCUCUGUAGUGUGUUUUGGUUUGGGGUUUUUUUCUGUUCUCUGAGUCUAGCUAUGUGUUGAGAUUCAGGCUUCAGGCGUUUAGUUUUUUUUUUUAAUCAGACUGUUGCUCAGUCUGGCUCAUUGAAAGCUAAUGGUUUUAACAAGAGAGAAUCCUGAGGAGGAGCUUUAAGGUACUUGAAGCUGCACAGGAUUAAGAUCUAAGUAAUGGAUGAGAAAAGAGACCUUGAUAGGACAGGGUAUGCUGUAACAAUAAGUGCAAGUUCAUAUUGUUCCUAAAUGUUGUGGUUCUUGCAAGCCUGGAUAUGCUGCUUCUACACCAGUGACAUCUCUACCCUGAAUUUCCUUGUGCUUCUUCUACACCAAACCUUCCACUGCUGCUGACACACCUGCCCUCACUACUACUGAGGCAAUUCAUCAUGUUACCAUAGGAAAGUGUUUCAUGGAAAAGAUAGGAUAGGAACUGAUACCUCAAGACACAUCACCCAUCCUCAUGUUUCUGGUUGUAAACUCUAUUUUAGUUGAAGAUGCAGUGGUGUCAUUCUUAAUUUUAAUCUAACUGAAACAAAACAUGAUAUUGUGUGUAUUGGCUUAUUAUGUAUUUUUAUAAAGUAAUCUUAAGAGCAUAUUUAGAAACUUUGAGUAGAAAAAAGCAUGUAGAUGGACUGAAAAGACUGCACUCAUGUCCUAGGGAGGAGAUACAUAACACACUCUCCCCAACUUUAAGAGGUUUUGUUGGAUUUUGCAGCAUGACCUUUUUCUGUCUGUUACCAAGUUGUCUCCCAUCACAAUCACAAAAAGCAUCCUAAAGGGCCUUCUGGGCAGCAGAGAGGGCUGGAGAGGUCCUGUGCACUUACUUUUGUUAGGGAGCCACAUCUUCAAUUCUAGUUUUCUGUUCUGGUCCCUUCUGCUUGUCCUGGAAGUUACUUAUUCUGGCUAUACCUGCUCUUCAAAUAAUUUUUAAAGCCUAUAUUUAUAGUUUGCAACUAAUGGAACUUUAUUAUUAUUCCCACAAUGGUGUCUACCAUGGAGAAUUUUAAUGCAUAUUUAUGAAAACUCCAAUCAGAAUACAUUGUUUAUACUUAAGACUAUCCAAAUAAUUGUUGUGUGCUUUCAGAGAUUUGGAUUAGGUUUCUCAGCCGAGGGACUAUUGACAUGCAUGUGUGUCUGUAUAUAUAAACACAUAUGUAUAUUUAAUUUAUACAUGUACAUAUAAAUCUAGAUAAAACUAAUAUAUAUAAUUUAAA